AAAAAUAAAAUAAAAAAUAAAAAAUUGCAUACACAUCCCACACUAUUGAUGUUUCCGCGUAAAUGUCACACAAAAUGAGGGUGUUUUAUGAAAAAAAAAAGGAAUUGGACUAUAAAUACAUGUUGACAGCCUACAAUAUUCUAUUCAUUAGAUAGUCUUUUUCUAUAAAACAAGGCUCUUUCUCAUUAGAAUUUUCUCAAAAUUGUCUCCUCUUGAUCAUCUAUCUAAAUGGCGUCAAGAUUUGAGGUAGAGGUGACCUUGUCAUCUGCCAAGGACCUCAAGAACGUCAAUUGGCGUCACGGCCCCAUUAAGCCGUAUGCCGUUAUUUGGGUCGACCCGGAUCGAAAAAUAUCGAGCCGGGUCGAUGAGGAGGGGGACACUUCCCCACAAUGGAACCAAACACUAUUGGUUCCCCUCGAUCGUCCCAUCGAGGAUGCCACCCUUCACAUCGACAUCGUCCACGCUUAUGCGGCCGAGGACACCAAGCCGCUCAUCGGCUCAGCUAAGCUCCCUCUUCAGGAGGUGGUCGAUGAUGUUGGUAUAGGCGGGCGCAUCACCCUUAGCUUAAAGCUCAAGCGUCCUUCUGGUAGGCCACAUGGGAAACUCGAGGUCGAGGUCGUGGUACGUCAACCAAGGUACCACGCCCCCGACCCUUACAGCGCGCCGCCAUAUGGUGUUUCUAGAGAAACAUCAUAUAGCGGCAGCGCUCCUUAUGCGGCCCCACCAUCAGGGUACCCGCAUGCGGCCCCACCUUCUGGGUAUCCAAAUGCAGGUCCCCCACCUGGGGGCUACCCAUACGGGCAGCGCCCAUAUGCCCAACCCUCGUAUGCAGGUUCUGCAUACGGGGUUGGGCAACCCGAAUAUGCGCAGCCCCCGAGUUACGGUCAGCCCGCAUAUGGGCAACCGAGCUACGGGCAGUCAGGAGGCGGGUACGGUGGUUACGGGCAGGGGGUCCCAGUGGAAGAAAAGAAGAAGAGUAAGUUUGGAGGGAUGGGGACAGGAUUGGCUGUGGGUGCUGUAGCAGGAGCAUUGGGUGGACUGGCAUUAGCAGAAGGUUUUGACAAAUUAGAAGAUCAUAUUGCUGAUGAAGCUGCUGAAAGAGUUGAAGAUGAUCUUGCUGCUGAUGAUGCUGGUUAUGAUGAUGCUGAUUAUGGUGGGGAUGAUUGGUAGAUUAUUUCAUUUUGUCUUGAUUUCCUAAUGUAUAAUCAAAUACAUCUGAUCAUAGCUUUAAUCCUUUGAUUUUAAUUUUAAUUUUACAUUUAUGAAUUAUGAUCAUGUAAAUGUUAUGCAUUUGGGAAAUGGAUGUUAUCAAAGUGGAAUAAAGGUUACUGCUUUAAAAAUGGUCCAAUAAAUUAAUGAUCCUUGUUGUUUAA